AUGUAUAGAGAACUAGCCAAAACCGCCUUCGGGUACCCCAUUAUCGAUAACCACGCCCACCCAUUCCUGAAAUCAAAGUACCGCGACGCCAUCCGAUACGAAUUAUCCAAGCUCUUUGGAUUGACAGGUGACGAUGCUACCUGGGAGGGCGUCAAAAAGAAGAGGCUUGAGUUCGAUUAUGCAGAGUUGUGUAAGCUCUGCAUGGAGCCUACGGGAAUUCAGUGUAUACUGUUCGACGAUGGCUUGGGUGGAGUCGCAGAAAUGGCUGAAGAAGUGAAUUGGCAUGACCAAUACACUGGAAGUCCAUCGAAGCGGAUUGUGAGAUUAGAAGUGGAGGGCCAGAACAUCUUACAAGAUAUCCUCGUCGCAAAUGACAACUCGCCUCUUUCGAUUGAUAUUCUCUGCGACACAUUCCUGAAGGAGUUCACCACCUACAUGGUUGACACUGCCGUAGAUGAUCAUGUGGUAGGGUACAAGUCGGUCGCUUGUUACAGAACCGGUCUGGAUGUCGACCCUGCACCAUGCAGCGCAGAUGAGCUCUACGAGUGCCUAGCAUCUGUAUCUGAGCAGUUCAAGGAAAAGGGUUCUAUUCGUUUCGAGCACAAAGCUUUGAACGACCACCUAGUCAAGAUAGUCCUCGAUAUCGCAGGCAAAUGCAAGAAACCUAGUAAGCGUUCGCCCCGCACUGCGUGCACAAUGACAUUACUGCUGACAAAAUCUUCUCCGGCGCAUAUGCAGCCUAUCAUCAAGGCCUUCCCAGAAACCAUAUUCGUUCUUCUGCAUUCCAGCUAUCCUUACACGAGAGAUGCUGGCUACCUUACGUCCGUGUACAAGAACGUUUAUCUCGACUUUGGAGAGAUUUUCCCCUUUAUCUCCGCUGACGGCCAACGCACUGUGGUACAUCAAGUGCUUGAGUUGGCUCCUACCAAUAAGAUCCUGUGGUCUACUGACGCGGCGUGGUGGCCAGAAAGAUUCUACCUUGCCACUGUCCAGGCUCGCCAGGUCCUAGCGGGCUUCGUCGGCAAAGGAGACCUCACGGAAGACCAGGCGGUGUCUAUUGUGAAGAUGGCAUUCUUUGAAAAUGCAAAUCGCAUCUAUAUGCUAGGGCUUCAGCCGAACAUCAGCAUUUUGUCUCCCCAGUCAUAG